AUGCCUUCCGAACAAGAACUCCAAAUCCAAAUAUCCCCUAUCGUGCAAGAGUCUCUUGUGCACAACUCACGGGUUAGUUCCUCCCUCCCGCCCCCAGCCCGGCCGCCUGCCUCCCUCUUCGGCGUGUCGGCGGGCAUCCUGGGGCUGGAGUCGUACGCGGGCUUCGUCUUCUACGUGGCGCUGUCGCUGCUGACGUCGGUGCUGUUCUACGCGCUGCGCGUGGCGCCGACGUCGCUGGCCUCGGGCAAGGCACCCCUCGACACGAGCCGCUACUUCCGCGGCGCCUACGACUUCUGGGCGGGCGGGCUGAUGAAUGGGUUUGCGGGGUUCGUGCUGACGUGGACGCUGUUUUAUGGGUUGGUGACGGCUUGA